CUUCCAUCUCACCACCACUUCUCUCACCGUCGCCGUUGUCGUUGUGAUCAUCUGUUUGUGCCUUCCCAUACACUCGCUUUUCGACACGCUCGCUGGCCAAGACGAGCAGGAGCCGCACGCGACGUGCCAUCGCUUCCGCCCACAACAACAAAGUCGCAGCCUCCUUCUCCCGCGGGGCCUGCGCUCCAACAUUCGCUGUCACCACACCCAUCGUCCGCCUCACGAGGCAUUAAUCCGCCGAUAGUGCAGUUUCAACAUUAAUACAGGCCCGCGCGGCCAUCACCGCCGACAUGGCCGUCAAUCAGCAGAACCUGGCGGCGCUGCCAGCCCAUUCGAUGUCGGAUACAAACAUCACCUCGCACAUCGCCUCCCGAUUCCAUCAGCACCUGCCCAUCACGACAUUGUCGUCGCAGGGCUACAUUUCUGUCAACACAUACAACUCCGCCGCUAAGGGCCCCAAUGGCGGCAAGGAAGGGAGCGCCAUGGGCGCCGCUGAGGAGCUCGCCAGUCGCAUGUGGACAAGAUUGGGAGCGCGACAGGAGAACCAGGCUGCUGUCUUUCUCGGAGAAUCUGGUACAGGCAAAACCACAAUCAGAUCACAUCUGCUCAGCAACCUCCUACAAUACAGCAGCACACCACUCUCCAAAAAGCUGUCAUUUGCCGCCUUCGUUUUCGACUCGCUCACGACGACCAAGUCCAUCACAACACCUACCGCAUCCAAGGCAGGUCUAUUCUUCGAGCUUCAAUAUGAUACCACCUCUUCCAUCCACCCUACACUCAUUGGUGGUAAAGUCCUGGACCACAGACUGGAACGCAGCCGAGUGGCAGUGGUGCCACCUGGAGAGCGUAACUUCCACAUUCUCUACUACCUUCUCGCAGGCACCAGCCCUGCGGAGAAAGAGCACCUCGGACUCGACCUCAAUGGCAGCACUCCAGCGGGCGUAGGCAACAGGACCUCGAUGGGCAAUGGCAGCAAGCGAUGGCGAUAUCUCGGACACCCUUCUCAAAUGAAAGUGGGCAUCAAUGACGCGGAAGGGUUCCAACAUUUCAAGACUGCUCUGCGCAAGUUGGAAUUCCCUCGCGAGGAGAUCGCUCACAUGUGUGAGGUCCUCGCAGCCAUUCUUCACAUUGGUCAGCUUGAAUUCAUGACCACGCAAUCCACCACACCCGCACCUGAUGAGAGCGGUGGCUAUGGUGCCGAAGGUGGCGAGGACAUCACCGUUGUUAAGAACAAGGACACUCUUGCCACAAUUGCGGCCUUCCUUGGCGUGGGUGAGCGGACGCUUGAGCAAUCUUUGGGUUACAGGACCAAGAUUUUGCACCGCGAGCGAGUCACCGUCAUGCUGGAUCCGAAGGGUGCCCGCGAGAACGCUGAUGAGCUGGCAAGGACUCUGUACAGCUUGUUGGUAGCGUUGGUCAUGGAGAAGAUCAACCAGCGGCUUUGCGCCGUGGAGGACCAAAUUGCCAACACAAUUGCAAUUGUGGACUUCCCUGGCUUUGCACAAGCAGCGUCCACCGGCAGCGUGCUGGAUCAGCUCCUCAUCAAUGCCGCCAACGAGUCGCUGUACAACUUCUGUCUCCAAAGUUUCUUCGAGCGCAAGGCAGAGCUCUUGGAGACGGAAGAAGUGCCGGUGCCCGCUACUAGCUACUUCGACAACACUGACGCCGUUAAGGGCCUACUCAAGCCCGGCAAUGGAGUGCUCAGCAUCCUCGACGAUCAAAUGAGGCGUGGCAAGACCGACAUCCAGCUGCUGGAAUCUUUGCACAGACGUUUCAAGGGCAAGAACCCGGCCAUUGAGGUCGCCAGUCCCACUGUCGUUCUCCCAGGCACUAACUUCCAGACACCGAACCAGUACCCCAAGUUCACCAUCAAGCACUUUGCUGGUGAGGUGGAGUACCCAGUGGAAGGCUUGCUUGAGGAGAAUGGAGAGGUCAUCUCUGGCGACUUGAUGAACCUCGUCAGCACAACCUCGAGUCCCUUCGUUUCUGAGCUCUUCGGACAAGAGGCUUUGAACAAGACCCUGCAUCCGCAAGAUCGCACUGCUAUCACACAGGCUUCUGUGGCUUCCAAGCCAUCUCGAAUGCCCAGCACCGUGCGCAGAAAGGGCAGCCGUCCAGCACGCCUCCAGCAGCGUGAGGAGGACAAUGGAAGCGAUGAGGGAAGGACGAAGAGCUUUUCGCGCUCGAAUAACGGUCCUGCUGCGGAGGCACAACAAGGCGCUGCUGCACAAUUCCUGGCUUCACUCGACAUCAUCAACAGGGCGCUGAGUGCCCCGAACACCAACCCCUACUUCUUCUUCUGCCUCAAGCCCAACGACCGCAGAAUCGCAAAUCAGUUCGACAGUAAAUGCGUUCGAACGCAGAUUCAGGUGCUUGGUCUUGCUGAGAUCGGACAGCGCCUGAAGAAUGCCGACUUCAGCAUUUUCAUGCCAUUCAGCGAAUUCCUCGGAUCUGCAGAGGGAGAGGUCUCCAUUGUUGGCUCAGAGCGCGAGAAAGCAGAGCUUAUCCUUGAUGAUAAGAGUUGGCCUAGCAAUGAGGCGCGAGUAGGCACUACCGGUGUCUUCCUCAGCGAGCGUUGCUGGCGACAGAUAUCAAAUGUGCCAGAGCUCGGAGAAGCUCCUCCCGCUGGGCCCUACGGUGAUGAAUCUUAUGCUAACUCCGGGGUUCUCACUCCGGACGCCAAGCGAGGAUUCGGCGAGUCCAAGGUGCAGUUGCUACAAACUCCUGGUUCUGGCUAUCUGGACGACAAGGCAGCCGGGUACUUUGGUAGCAGAGAUCUGGACGUCAAGUCUGAAGCUGGUGCAUCUGCUUUCCGCGAGGGAGACAUGUUCCGUAACCUGGAAACGCGAUCUCAAAUGGCGGAGAAGGGGAACGAAGUGAAGGCUGCCGAGAUUGAGGAGCGUCCAGCUUCAGGCAGUCGCAUUCGCUGGCUCGUCUUGGUAUACAUCUUCACCUGGUGGUGUCCAGACUUCCUCAUCCGGACCAUCGGUCGCAUGCCUCGAAAGGACGUCCGGAUGGCUUGGAGAGAGAAGUUGGCCAUCAACAUGAUGAUUUGGCUCUCCUGCGCAUUCGUUGUCUUCUUCAUGGUUGGCUUUCCCAUCCUCAUUUGCCCGACGCAGCACGUUUACAGUCUGGAGGAACUGACAAGCUACAACGGAAAGGACGGUGCGCAGUCGUACAUUGCGAUUCGCGGUGUCGUGUUCGACCUUGAUGCUUUCAUGCCGGCGCACUAUCCUUCCAUUGUGCCUCAAUCUGCCCUAAAAAAGUAUGCCGGAACGGAAGCAACAAAUCUCUUCCCUGUUCAAGUCUCGGCCAUGUGCCAAGGCGUCAACGAGUCUGGCAUUGACCCAGCUGUCCAGCUGAGCUUCGUGACAUACAACUACAGCGGCUCGACCGCAGCGAUUGGUGCUCAAGAUACCAAUGCGCAGUACCACGACUUCCGCUGGGCCACCAAUGACUCUCGGCCGGCCUGGUUCAUCGAGCAGAUGAUCAUGCUUUCGGGACACUACUGGAAGGGCAACAUUGGCUACUCACCACAGUAUCUCAAAACUCUCGCAUCCAAGCAGAAUUAUGUCGCCUACAUUGACGGCCGCGUCUACGACUUCACCGAUUACAUCGCCGGCGGCAGAGCACCACAAUAUCCUUCCGACACUGACAGACCCUCUACUCCGCCCAACUCGAACUUCAUGGACGACAGAGUGGUUGAUCUGUUCCAACAGCGUUCCGGCCAAGACGUGACCAAGUACUGGGAAGGUCUCAAUCUUGAUCAGGGUCUGAGAAACCGCAUGCGCACUUGCAUGGACAAUCUCUUCUAUGUCGGUAACCUUGAUACGCGAAGCAGUCCGCAGUGUCAAUUCGCAAAAUACAUCCUGCUGGCGAUUUCGCUGCUGCUGGUGUCUGUCAUCUGCUUCAAGUUUUUGGCUGCCCUGCAGUUUGGAAAGAAGAACGUUCCGGAAAACCUUGACAAAUUCGUUAUUUGCACAGUGCCCGCAUACACGGAAGACGAAGACUCUUUGCGCCGUGCUAUUGAUUCUGCUGCGCGUAUGAGGUACGACGACAAGCGCAAACUACUGUUCAUCAUCUGCGACGGUAUGAUUAUUGGUCAAGGCAACGACAGACCAACUCCACGCAUUGUCCUGGACAUCUUGGGCGUGCCAGAGACUGUCGAUCCAGUACCCCUCAGCUUCGAAUCGCUCGGAGAAGGCAUGAAACAACACAACAUGGGCAAGAUCUAUUCUGGUCUCUACGAAGUGCAGGGUCACAUUGUGCCUUUUAUCGUCGUCGUCAAGGUCGGAAAACCAUCCGAAGUCAGCCGUCCUGGUAACCGUGGCAAGCGCGAUUCCCAGAUGAUCCUGAUGCGCUUCCUCAACCGAGUCCAUUACAACCAGCCUAUGACACCCCUCGAGCUGGAGCUGCACCACCAGAUUCGUAAUGUGAUCGGAGUUAAUCCUACCUUCUACGAGUUCCUGCUGCAAAUCGAUGCAGAUACAGUCGUAGCUCCAGACUCUGCGACGCGCUUCGUUUCUGCGUUCGUCAACGAUACCAAGCUCAUCGCUGUGUGCGGUGAGACUGCGCUCACGAAUGCCAAGGCAUCGUUCAUCACCAUGAUGCAGGUGUACGAGUAUUACAUCUCGCACAACCUGACCAAGGCCUUCGAAUCGCUCUUUGGAUCCGUCACUUGUUUGCCCGGUUGUUUCACCAUGUACCGCAUUCGAGCUGCCGAAACUGGAAAGCCUCUCUUCGUGUCCCGAGAGAUCGUCACAGAUUACUCUGAGGUUCGCGUCGACACGCUUCACAUGAAGAACUUGCUACACUUGGGAGAAGACAGAUACCUCACCACACUUCUCAUGAAGUACCACUCGAAGUACAAGACCAAGUACAUCAUGCGCGCUCAUGCCUGGACAAUCGCGCCCGACAGCUGGGCGGUGUUUAUGUCGCAACGUCGUCGAUGGAUCAACAGUACCGUCCACAACCUGAUCGAAGUCAUCCCUCUUCAGCAGCUCUGUGGUUUCUGCUGUUUCAGUAUGCGUUUUGUCGUCUUCUUGGAUCUUCUCUCCACUAUUGUUCAGCCCGUCAUUGUCGGAUACAUCGUGUAUCUGAUUGUCACGGUUGCGAAGAACCCAAGCACUGUUCCGGUCACCGCUUUCAUUCUUCUGGGAGCAAUCUAUGGUCUUCAAGCAAUCAUCUUCAUCGUGCGCCGCAAGUGGGAAAUGGUUGGUUGGAUGAUCAUCUACAUGGUUGCGACUCCGAUUUUCUCCUUUGCUCUUCCUCUCCUUGCUUUCUGGCACAUGGACGACUUCUCCUGGGGUAACACACGUAUGGUUACUGGUGAGAAGGGCAAGCAGAUCAUCGUUUCCGACGAGGGCAAGUUCGAUCCGGACAGUAUUCCAAAGAAGAAGUGGGAAGAAUACCAAGCCGAACUCUGGGAUGCACAAACACGAGAUGAUGCCCGCUCUGAGAUCAGUGGCAUUAGCUACGCUACGAAGAGCUGGCAUCCUGCCGCUUCCGAGUUUGGAUACCAGCAACCAGGCCACAACAGUCAAUUGUCUAUCCCUGUGAUGCCUCACAAUGCGUCGCACAUGUCCCUCGCAUACUCGGACAACGGGAUGCCAAUGGGCAUGGGCGCGAGGUCAGAGUACGGUGACAUCUCAUCGGACAUGCCAUCUGAUGACGCUAUUCUGGCUGAAAUUCGCGAGAUCCUCCGUACUGCAGAUCUCAUGACCGUCACCAAGAAGAGCAUCAAGGCCGAGCUUGAGCGACGAUUCCAGGUACCAAUGGACUCAAAGAGACAGUACAUCGGCAGUGCCACCGAGGCGAUCCUCAGCGGACAGCUUUAGGAAUGUGACCCCUUGAUCGCGUCUGAGCUCUGUCAUCGGCUGCGCGCUCGGGCGGAAAGUGAUGAGUUUUGCUCUCUUGUACAGCACACUAUACAGCGACCGGCCAGGCUG